AAAUGGUAAAGCAGCUGUUGCUGCGCCUGGUGCCCUCUCUUGCUCCCAGUCCUCGCUCGCUUCUUCGACAUUCUUCAAUAUCGGUAAAAGCGCGACCGAUCUCCUCGUCCACCGUCAAGAUGGCUGCGGAAUACUACACUUUUGGGCCUUACAAGAUACACCAGAGUGAAGUGUUCUAUUCCACCCAUCUUUCUUAUGCUAUGGUCAACCUGCGUCCUCUUCUCCCUGGUCAUGUGCUCAUCUGUCCAAAGCGGGAAGCGAAGCGAUUUGUCGAUCUCACUGCUGAUGAGACUUCUGAUUUGUGGCUUACGGCACAGAAAGUUGGUGGGCAGCUUGAGAAUUACCACAAGGCAUCAUCACUUACAUUCGCAAUCCAAGAUGGCCCUCAAGCUGGGCAGACUGUUCCUCAUGUUCAUAUUCAUGUUGUCCCGAGAAUAAGUGGUGAUUUCGAGAAGAAUGAUGAGAUCUAUGAUGCGAUGGAUCAGAAGGAGAGGGAGUUGAAGCAAAAGCUUGACUUGGAUAAGGAGAGGAAAGAUAGAAGCGUCGAAGAGAUGGCUCGAGAGGCAGAUGAAUACAGAAAACUUUUCUUGUGAUAGUUACGUCAUAUUUGGACAAUUUCACAUUGUAGCCACUGAAGAACUCGACUCGUCGCUUUGGAAGCUGCACUGGAUCCUCAUUAAAACUUAGCGACUUCAAGUCCUCUAGGAUCAUUUCAUAAUUAACGGUUACUCUCAAGCUCAAGAGGACUCGAGUUUCGAAUUGCCCCUAUUUUUAUAGCCUGGGAUUGCUUGCAUUAUUGAAGAGUUAUAGAUAAACAUCUUGUUCCUCAUUUCUAUCUGUAUUCCUCGAGUUUGUUUUUCUAUUGCAUUUUGGUGUUAUGCAUUUAUACUCUCUGGGCUUGCGAGGACACUUAAUAGUGAAUAACGUCUCCUUGAGAUUUGUUGUU